CCUGCACUAAUCCAAUCCUUCCUCUUACUUCACCGCAGACCUCCCUUUAGCCACAGACCCGACGAUUCGUUUAUCUCUCUCUUAGCUUCCCAUCACAACCCAAGCUUUACGCCACUCUCCACCACGGUCUAGCCGCGAUCACAGCUCUUCAUCGUCAGAUGACUACAUCCUGCAGUUCGGAUCUGACAUCCCACCUACUUCUCGAAUUAGGGCAGCCACCCUCGACCAGGCUUGAUUCUUUCGCUUCCUUGAGCUCCUCGGCUCUUCAACCCUAGUCAAUCGAAAAUGGACAGGAUCCUCGAUGAUAACCUAACCACCGAGUGAAAGGGAGAGUAACAACCAUCUGGAUGGAAAUUCCUGGACAAAGAAAAAGAAGGAAAGCAACUAGAGAUUAAAGAAGCUCAAUUUGAGUGCUGUUUUGCUUUACACUGGAAUCUAUUUUGAAUGAAACAAGAAUGAUUUCUUACAAAAAACUCAAAUACAUCUUGGUGGGUAUGAGUCCUGUUUUUAUUCCAUGUAUGCUAGUUUACCCUUUUGAGUUCCAGUUGGGUUUGUUUCUACAUCUCAAUAUCAUUGUCACCUUAUUCAUUUGCUGAUAUUCUGAUUGGUUCUUGGUCCUCGAAAUUAAAUUUGGACUUGUAUGAAUCACAUCAUGAUUGGAACAUGAGCAACUAUACAAAGAGGCCAGGGUUCAGGAAACUAGAAAAAACAUUCAGCUGUAAGAUGGAUAGCAAAAAUUUUUGAAACAAGACAAAUCAAUGGUAUUGAAGAGGGGAAACAUGUUUGUGUCAGUGGGCAUUUACCAAGUUUUCAAGGCAAAGGCAAUUUGCUGUCUUUUUGUGAGUUUCAUGCUUGUUGUCACCAAACUGAAUUUCUUUCUGAAGGACAAUAGAUGGGAGGGAAUAAAGGAGUUAAAAAAUAAGUUCGAGAUGCUAAAGAAUGACAGUAUAUGAAGAAGAAAGGAAGAAAAUGAUAGAAUGAAAUGACAAAAUGCAA